AGUUCCGGGGCGGCCCGGGCGGGGCCCGAGCUGGGGCGGCUGCCUUGAGCAGUGUUGGCUCGGUUGCGCUGCUCCGCCGCCGGCCACGUCUCCACGCCGGGCCGCGGGCACUUCCCCGCCGUCCGAUGGUCGCCCGGCCGCCGCAGGCCUGCCGCGCCCGGUUAACGAUCAGGCUGACAGGAGGAAUCAGCAUCCACAUGGUUUGCCAGAAGACAUAAACAUCAUGCUUAGAAAUCUGCUUAUACCAACGUGCAGUUAUUUUUACCCCCUGGAGGAAGCAUCUCUAAAAACUUCAAUGAAAUCGACGCGUCUGUUCCCAGAGCGAGGCAUCUGCCCGUUUCCCCCGUGCCAUGGCCUGCAAGUGCUCCUCCAAGCUGCUCUCACCUCCUGCGAAGCCAGACCUCGCCCAGCCAGCACACAGUGUCAAGCCUGCCGCUCUCCAGGGAGGACAAUGGCCCAGCCCAGGAGCACGCCCUGAGCAGCUGCCUCUGAUCCUUCAGCCAACCAGCAGGGAAUCAUUUGCAGCCUGAGGAGUGGCCAGCUGGGAGCCUCAGGGACCACCCGGCCUCGCUCCUGGCUCACCCACAAGAUGUGGACAGCCCUUGUGCUCGUUUGGUUUUCCUCCUUGUCCUUAUCUGAGAGCCAAGUGCCAGCCCAGGAUCCAAGGCACUUAGUCCUCAACAGGACAGAUAAUGCAGCCAAGAAAAAUGUAUCUGUGACGAGAGUUACGAGAGUCCUUAAUGGAACGUCUGAAACAAUGGCCGGGGUGACACCUUCUCCUGUCCCAUUGGCCACAGGGACCCCAGUGGCCCACGCCAGCUCUCCUGCGGUCACAUCAGGAAGAACACUCAGGACAGACGUGGGGACGGAAGGUGCCCCUGACCGAGUAGCCUCCGGGCCACCCCCGCCAACUGUCCCGGCGGCAUCGUGGCAGACUCCGCCCUCCAACACUGUCAGUGGCCCCCGUGAGCCGGUGCCAAGAGGCAGCCCGCUGCCAGGAACAGCAGCCUCGACAACACUGGCCACCAGUGCUCAGCCUGCCGCUGGGACUACAGCGAGUGCCCGCGGCCCAACGCACAGCCCUUCCCCGCACACCCCCGGCAACUCCACAGCCAGCCCUGCACCCCCCUCGAGUCCCCAAGCACUUAACGCGUCCACACAAGCCCCCACUGUCCAGGCGUCGACGGCCCAGCCCAUGGCUGUCACGGCAAGUGAACCCACACCCACCCUCUCCAACACAACCUCAGAGCCCACACGCCCAUCCGUGGCUUCUGUGGCCACCACAGCAGUGACUGCCACCACGGCACAGGCCCAGGAGCCACCUACCAGCACAGAGCCAGCCCCUGCACCUCACACCAGCCUGAUCCCUAAGGUGGAGGCCAUGUCCCCCACGACCCGGCUGAGCCCUGCUCCAUCGACCCCGGGGGCCACGGGGCCGGGCACAGCCCAGACACCCGAACAGGUGCCGCCUGAAACCUCUCUUGGUCCCAUGUCUACUGCCCCGAUGCCCGGGAGUCCCGGGGGCUCGAAGAUGCCAGCCACAGACUUGUGCCCGCUCAGCACCCCAGGCCAGUACGUGGUGGUCACCACCAAGCCCCUUACCCAGGCCCUGGUGAACAAAGGUUUCCUCCUGGCGGUGCUCUUGCUCGGGGUGACUCUUUUCAUUGUAGUUUUGGUUCUUUUGGCCCUGCAAGCCUACGAGAGCUACAGGAAGAAGGAGUACACACAGGUGGAUUACCUCAUCAAUGGCAUGUACGCGGACUCAGAAAUGUGAGCGGCCGAGGAGGCCGAGCCCACGCCUCCUUCCACGUUGCCUCUGAGACCAAACCAAGUGCUUCCAGAUCCUUUUGGUGCAAUUAGGAGGUAUGCCGGAUGCUUCAACACAUUUAUUUGCUGUCAGAUUAAUUCCACGAUCACUCAAGAGUUGCUGCUUUUUCAUAUUUAUUUUUGUAAACAAUCAUGUCCAUGGAACGGGCCGUGAUCCCACCACGGGCGGGACUGGCAGGGCCCCGGUGUGGAUCCCGACUCAAAUUAAAGCAAUGACCGCUUUCCAUUCA